AUGGUAGUUGUCAUCACGGUAACUGUUACCAUGGUAGCUAUCAUCAUGGUAACUGUCACCAGGGUAGUUGUCACUACGGUAGCUGUCACCACGGCAACUGUUACCAUGGUAGCUGUCGCCAUGGUAACUGUCACCAUGAUGGCGGGCGGAGGAGCACCUAGACCAAUGGGAGGCCCCGCAAUGGGCAUGCCGAUGGGAGGCCCCGCAAUGAGCAUGGGAUUCCAGCAGCAGCCAAUGGGCAUGCAGCAGCAGCAGUUUCCGCGGCAACCGGCGCCCCAGCAGCAGCAGCAGCAGCAGCAGCAGCCGAACGACCCCUUCGGAGCUCUGUGA